AAAUCGCAUCAUGCCCGGCAAGUACCAAAUUGUGCUGAUCCGUCACGGCGAGAGCCAAUGGAACGUGGAUAACCGCUUCACGGGCUGGCACGACGUUCCUCUUUCCGCCGUUGGGGAGAAGGAAAGCCACGAUGCCGGUAAGGUGUUGAAGGACGCUGGCUUUUCGUUUGACGUUGCGUACACGUCCGUGUUGAAGCGCGCGAUCAAGACGUGCUGGAACACUUUGGAAGAAUUGGACCUGAUGUGGAUCCCGGUGAACCGAUCGUGGAAGUUGAACGAACGCCACUACGGUGCUCUCCAAGGCUUGAACAAACAAGACACUGUUGCCAAGUACGGAAUUGACCAAGUCAUGGUGUGGCGUCGUAGCUACUCGACCCCUCCCCCUGCCUUGGAUGCGUCGUCAGAGUACUACCCCGGCAACGAUCCCAAAUACGCCGACGUGCCGCGUGAAGAGCUUCCGUUCACUGAAUCCUUGGCGACCACGAAAGUCCGCGUCGUGCCGUACUGGAACGACGUGAUUGUUCCGUCGAUGAAGGCCGGCAAGAAGGUGCUCAUUGUCGCCCAUGGCAAUUCCCUUCGUGCUUUGGUGCAGCACUUGGACAACAUCUCCGAAGACACGAUCACGGGCCUCAACAUCCCCACUGGCGUCCCCCUCGUGUACGACUUGGAUGAAAACUUCAAGCCGAUCGUCCACGAACACGCGAUCUCGCCGUUGUCUGGGCAUUACGUCGGCAACCAAGAAGAAAUCCGCGGCCGCAUUGCUGGUGUUGCCAACCAAACCAAGGCCUAAACAACAAAUAGAAUGGAUCUGUGCACACCCUCUCACGACGACGAACGUGCUGGGCUUGCACGACGCCAUGCGGCGGGGAAGGUGGUUGCCUGUCGGCGGUCGUCGGCUGUCCAUGGGCGCGCGCGACAUGAAUCGCAACGUUUAUGCGUUUAACGCACAUUGCAUAGGUUUUAUUCAGUCCAUCGCAGUUCCGAGAGGUUUUACCUAGGUUCAAUUCCGCCCGAUCUUUUCAUUCGCCUGACGUUGUUGAUCGGAUUUGUCAAAUUUUCUUGAAAUAAAUGUCGCAAUUUUGACACGGU